AUGUCAAUUGAGUUUCCGCCUGUCCGCACUGCAGCAAAAGACUGCCCCAAAUGUAAAUCUCGACGAGUGCCAUGCGACCGCACUCUGCCCCAAUGCAGAAAGUGUAUCAAACGGAAUGUCGACUGCCCUGGGUAUGGCAUCAUCCUGCGAUGGAACCAAGGCGUUGCCAGCAGAGGCAAGUGGGCGGGGAAGACGAUCCCGCAGAGGACGCCGAUAGAGAACUUUGCCCAUCCGAACACCCUCUAUCCAUGCCAUCUAAACGGACUUGACUUUCGCUUGAUCCACCAUUUCAAUCAACACAUCGCGACGAAAUUGGCCUGGGUGGAUGGCCCUGCCAACCCGUGGCGAAACAUGAUUCUGCCGCUGUCGUUUGCCUCCGAGACGGUGCUCUUUUCCCUGCUGGCGCUGGCGGCGGAGGAUUUUGCCCACAGAUACCCGGCCGACCAUGGGUGCUUCCGGGAGCUGCAGGCCGUGUCGCUUGGCUGUCGAGAUAAAGCAGUCCCCUUGCUGGCCAACAAACUGGAUGUUCUGCUGGAAGUAUCCGACCCGAGCACGCCCGUGCACCACCACGCCCGAUGUGUGCUGGCGUCAGUGCUGCUCCUCUACAACCUCGAGCUGCUCAUUGCAGAGGAAUCCCGGUGGCGGAUCCACAUCCAGGGUGCUCGCGCGGUGAUCCAGUGGAAGACACAGGCCGCACGGAGCUCUGCGCCCAUCGACAAGGCGGAUGUCUUUCUCCUCUACGAAUACUACUUUACGGCUGUGUUUAUCGGGCUGAUGUCAUUCGACCCGGCCGAUGAGAUCGAAGACGACAUUCCCACCGACGACAGCGUCACCAUCUUUUGCGAUUUCGUCCGCAUCAUCCACUCCGUCACCAGAGCCGAACGCGUGAUGUAUACCACCGGCUCCCAACCAGACCCAACCAGCCUCGCCGAUAUCGUAGCGGAAAUCGAGAGGGCCAAAACCCGGACCACACAGUCGGGCCAGGCGGUCCUGUUCAAAUCCCACGCAGCCCAGUGCGACUUUGUCCAUCUCGUGUCCAUGUACUACCACGCCAGCCUGAUCUACAGCCACCGCGUGCUGUCCACCGAUGACGGUGCAUCUGAACCCCGUAUCAUCUCCUCUCGGGCUUCCAUACUCGAUCAUCUCUCUCGGCUGGUGGACAGCUCGACCUUUGCGCAUGAUCUCGUCUGGCCGCUGUUCAUUGCCGGGACCGAAUGCAGGGGCCUUGUGGCCGAGCAGCAGACCAUUGAGCAGGCCCUUCUGAAUGUCAUGUACGUAAGCGGCUGUCUGGACCGACGGCGUGUUUUGUCGUUUCUCAAGCAGUUUUGGCGGUUGGAUCGAGAUAUCACUUGGUUUGAGAUGGCACGAACCGUGCCCCGUGAGAGUAAAUUCAUCAUUAUCUGAUUGGGACUGUAGUUGUAUUGAUAAACCGGCCAGGGAUUGGAAUAUACUAAUAGCCGUAGCCCCACAGAAAGCUUAACCCUAC